UUUUCCAACGCCCAAAUGCAGGAGAUACAUUCAAUGGGAGGCACCAGGUUCUUCGGCGCCGCUGCUGACAGGAGGCUCAGGCCACACCACCACCACCCUCACCAGAACACCGCCACCAACUGCCACCAGCAGCAAGCACUUAAAUGUCCCCGUUGUGAUUCACUCAACACCAAGUUCUGUUACUACAACAACUACAACCUCUCCCAGCCACGCCACUUCUGCAAGAACUGCCGCCGCUACUGGACCAAAGGCGGCGUCCUCCGCAACGUCCCUGUCGGUGGCGGUUGCCGCAAGUCCAAGCGUUCCAACGACAACAAGACCGCCAAAACCAGCAAAAAUAAUAAUAGUAAUAAUAAUAGCGCCACCGCAACUUCCUCCGCGGAAACGCCGCCGCAAACGACGUCGUCUCAGGCUCCACCGACGGACCAGAACUCCAAUUCUCACUCCAGCAGUGAGAGCUCUAACCUCACCGCGGCGGCGGCGGCGGCGACCAUCGGCACGACGGAGCUUAACUCUGAUUCUUCCAAGUUGUUGAUCCACGAGAAUAACAACAACAACGCUUCCUCGAACCCUAAUUUGGAGAGCGGUAUUUUCUCUGAGAUAGGGACGCUGACGAGCUUGAUGGUUUCUUCCUCUUCGAACAACGAUGCAUUGGCGUUUGGAUUUGGAGGUGGUGGUGUUGUUCCUGAUGCGACGUCGUUUCAGUGGCAUCAGCAGCAGAAGUUGCCGGAGAAUCUGAACGGUAGUGGUGGGAGCUUGCUGGAUCAUCAUGGACACGGUAGUACUGUAACCGUUGAUUUGUCGGCACUUCCGAGCAAGACGGGAAACGGUGGAUUUGGACCGUUGGAUUGGCAAGCUGGUGUGGAUCAAGGUUUGUUUGAUCUCCCCAACUCCGUUGAUCAUGCUUACUGGAGUCAAACUCAAUGGCCUGAUCACGAUAAUUCUAAUCUCUUUCAUCUCCCCUGAGAAUGCCUAAACAAAUUAAAUAUCCUCUCAAAAUCUCACCUCUUUUUUUUUUAAUUUUAUUUUUAAAUAUAACUCUUAUUUUUAUAACGUGCAAAGUAAAUUUGGAAUCAAAACUAAAGUUAGAAGAAAUUGAAAAGAAUGAAAGAAGAUGGAAGGGGUUCGUAUAAUUAAUCAUCUGAUGUAUAUUUUUUUUUCCUUUUUUAAUUUGGGAGGUGAUUGGGCUUGAUUUUAGUUA